AUGACAUACCAUCUCCCGUUCUCGCUAACUCAUUUGUCUGAUAGUAUUCACCACCUGCUUCAGGCAUUUAUCCAAAAUAUCCACUACCCUAUUGCCGCCGCACUAGCUCUCAUGUGUAUCUGCUGGUUUUUCUGCUCAGACUGCUUCCUAGUCAUCCUUGCCAUUUUCUUCCCUCCUCUGCCCGUUUGGAUAAGGCGCGGAUGCUGCUCUAUCGAUUCCUUUAUCAAUAUUGCCUUAUGCUGUCUUGGUUAUCUUCCAGGCCUUAUUCACUCAUGGUAUAUUAUUGCGCACUACCCUGAAGAUUCAGAAGUUUACGAGUACGAUUAUGAGUCCCAGUCUUAUUAUGGUAACGAUCAUCAUCAUCAUCAUCAUCAUCACUAUCACGAUAGACCCAACGGUGGUAAUGGUGGUGGCUUUUCCAAUUCCCCUAGACCUAAUAAUAAUGGCUACAUUCAAGUUUCUCAAACCCAGCCACCUGUUGUUGUUGUAACUUCCCCCGCCACCUUACCUGCAAAUUAUCCUGUCGCACAACCUUAUCAGCAACAACAACAGGCAGUCACUCAGACACCACAAUCACAAUCACAACAACAGCAGCAGCCACUGCUACAACAGUUACCUCAACAAUUACAAUCACAAUCACGACAACAGCAAGAGCAAGAGCAAGAGCCAGUAUCUCCUAGAGCUGGUCCUUCAUCUUCAUCUGAAGCCCAGUAUAUUUCUGCUGAAGAUGAACCUUUGUUGCAAUCUUCUAAGGCUAACGAUGCUCCCCAAGGCCAGCCUCCUUCUUAUGACGAUGUCAUUCGUGACACCAUUGCCUCGACUUAG